CCCUCUUUCGAUCAAGAAACAAGCAACACAGCUCGCCAUCAGCAAUGGCCUCCAGGUCGACCUCCAUCCUGCUCGCCGCGGCGGCGCUUGCGUCGCUGCUGGCCGUGGGCUCCUGCGCGGCGGUCUCCUUCAAGACCGGCCCGGGCUGCAGCGCCACCAAGCUGGUCCUCAUCCCCAGCGAAGCCAUCUCCGAGGUGGAGGUCAAGGAGAAGGGAGCCGACGACUUCACGGCGCUCAAGGAGGGGCCGACCGGCACCUGGACCCUCGAGGGCAAGGAGCCGCUCAAGGGCCCCUUCUCCAUCCGCUUCGCCGCCAAGUCCGGCGGGUACCGCGUCGUCGACGACGCCAUCCCCACUGGCUUCAAGUCCGGCUCCGACUACAAGACCAGCGUCCAGGUCUAAGCGAUCGGCACGCCCGAGCUCUCUGGUGUCGAACGGAUGGAAAUCUUAUGAACCUCUAAAUAAUUUUUCAAGAGAGAUCAAGAGCCCGCGUGCCAGCGGGCAAUAUUUUCUGAUUUUUCUAAAUUUAGCUGAUCGAUCACUGCUAUACUACUAUAGUGUGCGCGGCAUGUACCGACCGGCCGGUGAUUGUGCAAAUCCUGUAAUUCGAUCAAAAGUGAGAAAUAAAAAAGGAUUUUCUG